AUGAGUGACGAGGUCGCAACAUGUACAAGUUAUCCGAAGCGCUAUUUCAACGCUUCACAAACAUGGGACCACUGGAACCCACUCACAGCCACCGACAUCCACGCGUUACGGACUGAGUCAGGCUUCGAAGGACAGAAGAUCUACUUCUUUGGUUACCAUCCCAUCCGAUACACGCGCGUCGUGGGUAUUCUUGUCGACAUCGAGUUACGCGGUAGAUAUACGAUUUUGACCAUCGAUGACAGCAGCGGGGCAUGCAUCGAUGUCAAGAUCGAAGCGCGCAGGGUUACGCGAGGCGAUAAUGCGGAGUGUCCUUCCAAUACUACAGUGGAUAAUGUAGACAUCCAUGUAAUCAUUGGCAGUGGGCCGACAAUUCACCUGCACCGCAAGCCGCUGGAGAUUGGCUCUGUGCUGAAAGUCAAGGGCACCAUCUCCGCCUUCCGAGGCGUGCGGCAGAUCGAGCUGAAACGCCUCUUCACCGUGGACGACACGAACGCGGAAGCUCGCGCAUGGGCGGAGACGGCGAAGUGGAAGCGAGAUGUGCUGGCUGAGGACUGGAUCCUGACGAGGCAGCAACAACACGAGAUCGAUGAGAGGUGCCGGCAGGAGGAGCGCAAAGCGUUUGAGUUGUCGAAGAAAAGGCGAGAGUGGCACAAUAAGUACGGUGCUGCGAAGCGGACGUACGAUGAGAAGCGCGAGGCUCGUCGAAGGGAGAAGGAGAUGAGGUAUAAUGCGGGUGCGCUGAAGGGCAGUCAUCUAAUCCCAGCGCCUUGGGACUGA